AUGGCUCCGAAGGGUAAUCAGGUUAUCGCCAGCUCUCAUUUGCGCAAGCACUGGCAAACCAGGGUCAGGACCUGGUUCAAUCAGCCAGCCCGCAAAGAACGUCGUCGUAAUGCCCGUAUCGCCAAAGCAUCGGCGAUCGCGCCCCGACCGGUCUCUGGACUUUUGCGGCCACAAGUGCGAUGCCCGACCAACCGAUACAACAAGAAGGUCCGUCUUGGUCGUGGCUUCACUCUCCAGGAGCUGAAGGAGGCCGGAAUCGCCAAGACCCAGGCAAGGACGAUCGGCAUCGCCGUUGAUUACCGACGCAUCAACAAGUCGAACGAGGGACUGAAGGCCAACGUUGACCGCCUGAAGGAAUACCGCGCCAAGCUUAUCCUCUUCCCGAAGAAGCUCAACGCCCCCAAGAAGGGAGACAGCAACGCCGAAGAGCUCAAAGUUGCUGCCCAACUCGCCGGAGACGUCCUUCCCCUCAAGAAACCCGCAGUCAAGACCGAAUUCCGAUCCGUUACCGAAGCCGAGAGGAAAGUUGAAAUCUUCCGUUACCUCCGACAAGUGCGCGCAGACAAGAAGUAUAAGGGAAAACGUGAGAAGAAGGCUUCUGAUGCCGCUGCCGCUCUCAAG